AUGGAUCCCAAUGUCAAGCUUCUUCCGGGUCAGGGGGAGUUGUUGAAAGACCCGGGAAGAUAUCGACGUCUAGUGGGUAGACUCAAUUAUCUUACCGUCACCAGACCGGAUAUUACUUUUGCAGUGAGUAUUGUGAGUCAAUUCCUUAAUGCUCCUUGUGAUACUCAUUGGAAUGCCGUUAUUCGGAUUCUCAGAUAUAUAAAGAAUGCACCAGGAAAAGGCCUAUUAUAUGAAGAUAAGGGUGAUGCUAAAAUCACUUGUUACUCAGAUGCAGAUUGGGCAGGAUCACCGUCGGAUAGGAGAUCCACUUCUGGAUAUUGUGUUCUUAUUGGAGGAAAUAUGAUCUCAUGGAGAAGCAAGAAACAAAACACAGUUGCAUUAUCUAGUGUUGAAGCUGAAUAUCGGGCUAUGGCAGCAGCCUCAAAAUAA